AAGAACCGUCUCCGGACUAAAUAAACGUGAGUUCAGGAGUGCACACAACAGCGCAGCAACUUUUUCCAAGAACACAGCUUAACAAAGUACACCGUGUAGUUCUCCUGCCACAAGGAGCUGUUAAUAAUUUUUUUCUUUGCAUUAUUCGGGUGAAGCGGAGCUUUCUCUCAGCUUGGAAUAAAUAAGCAGCUCGGGGCAAGAAAAGACAUUUGGUGGUCGACGGUUGGUUCUGCAGGAAUGUCGCAGAAAGAAAGAUCUGGAUUUUACCUACAAGAGGUCAAUAAAACGAUAUGGGAAGUCCCGCGGCGGUACCAGGAUCUGUCCCCGGUGGGCUCUGGUGCCUAUGGAUCAGUUUGCUCUGCAUAUGAUGAAAAACUGGGUUUGAAGGUUGCAGUGAAAAAGCUCUCCAGACCUUUUCAGUCCAUCAUCCACGCCAAAAGAACUUACAGAGAGCUACGGCUCCUUAAACACAUGAAGCAUGAAAAUGUCAUUGGCCUCUUAGAUGUUUUCUCUCCUGCUACAAGUCUAAAAGAGUUCAAAGAUGUGUAUCUCGUGACUCAUCUAAUGGGAGCAGAUCUAAACAACAUUGUGAAAUGUCAGAAACUCUCAGAUGACCACGUGCAGUUCCUCAUAUAUCAGAUCCUCCGAGGAUUGAAGUACAUCCACUCAGCGGGCAUCAUUCAUAGAGAUUUGAAACCUGGCAACCUUGCUGUAAAUGAAGAUUGUGAGCUGAAGAUAUUGGACUUCGGCUUGGCACGGCACACUGACGAUGAGAUGACUGGCUACGUGGCCACCCGCUGGUAUCGUGCUCCAGAGAUCAUGUUAAACUGGAUGCACUACAACAAGACGGUUGAUAUUUGGUCCGUGGGUUGCAUCAUGGCAGAGCUGCUCACGGGGAAGACUCUGUUUCCUGGCACAGACCACAUAAACCAACUUCAGCAAAUAAUGCGUCUGACAGGAACCCCCCCAGCAGCACUAAUAAACAGGAUGCCCAGCCAGGAGGCUAGAAAUUAUGUCAGCUCCUUGCCUCCUAUGCCCAAGAGGAACUUUGCGCAUGUUUUUAUUGGCGCUAAUCCACAAGCUGUUGACCUUUUGGAGAAGAUGCUGAUUCUGGAUGCAGAUAAGAGGAUAACGGCAACUGAAGCUCUGGAACACCCCUACUUCUCACAGUACCAUGACCCAGAAGACGAGCCUGAGGCAGAGCCCUACGACCAGAGCUUUGAAAGCCGAGAGCUUGAAAUAGAUGAAUGGAAGCGUUUGACCUAUGAGGAGGUGUGCAGCUUUGUGCCACCUGAUUACAUGGAGGGUUGAGACGAGCUGCAACCACAACCUGCCAACAUGUGCAUUAUCAUAAAAGCCUUCAGGCACACAUCACACAAGCUAUUUCUGAGUCUAUCUAUCAUAAGAAAAGAAAACUGGACCAGCUAUGAUUAUUUAUUUACCACUGAUACUGGUCUUUGUUCAGAAAUUCCUCUUUUGCCAAAAUUUUAAAUCUGUUUAUGUAUUUAAAUUGUUUUAUUUUAACUGUUGUUGCUAUAAACUUCAACUUUUGACUGUGACUUCUGAUAUUAAGAGACCGACCUACAGCUGUGCUGAUUUGGCUUUGAAACUUUUUUGGGAAAUUUUUUUAAUAAGCUGUUUUCUAUCAAAUCAAAGACUAGAUAUGCUUGUCUACAAUUCAAGCUUUGGUACUGUUUUUUUUUUUUUUGUUUCUAUAGGUAUUCUUUUGCCUAAAAAUGAAAAUAUUUAAACAUUUCAACAAAAUCAGGCCGUCUGCCUAUUCUGUUAUCCAGGCAGUUUCAAGCCCUGCUGAAUUAAAAGACCACGUUUUUUUGUGUGUGUCUAUUUUGGACCUCCUUUAAUCUCUUUCACAAGUAUUUCUGAGCCUGUGUUGGUUACAUCUAGGUAACGUGCGCUAAAUAUAUGUACAUUUGUAUCUGGAGUUUUUGCGUAUAUGGUUGGAAAGAAAUUCAAUGAUGGCAUGUUCAUGAAGGCAUUGGUUGGUGUUGACUUUUAAGAUUUUCAAUAUCGUGCUAUUACCUGUAACUGCCUAAUGGUGUAAAACAGGGAUUUGUAUUUAUUCUAUGUGGAAUUAGUAUUUAUAAGCAAAAAUUGGUCUGCAGUUUACCAACACUUUCCACUUCUUAAACAAAAUAAACUUAUUUUUUAAGAGA